GCCAUGUUUAUGAGUUCUGAUGUACACAAACACAAAAAGUAAUACACGCAUUAAAAAAAAAAAAAAAAUUGCAAACCAAACGAUUCCCUUUUCUUUCUUUCUUUCUUUUUUUUUUGUUCUUUUCAAUUAUUUGGUAGAAAGAACAAAAUGAGAUUAUGGCAUGGGCCUCUUUAUCACAACUAAUGAAUGAUUUGUUUAUGAUACAAUGGUGCCAUCCCUCCCACAAACUUCAAUUUAGAGCUACCACCAAACUUCCAUUAAAAAUCCAAUCCCCAGCAUACAACCAAACUUUCAUCCAAAGCCAUUCCUCCUUUCCCAUCCCCACCAGCACCACCGCCUCUUUAUUGCCUUACCACCCACAGUUACCCCCCCCCAUAAAUCAUAAUCGUAAACCCAACCCCAUCCCCAUUCCCUUCCUUCCCCAACUCCACUCCUCAGACAUGUCCUCAAAUCUCACCUGUCAAUCUUUCUCUCCCCUUCUCCACCUCCUCCUCCAUCUCUUUCUCACCCUUUCCUCUGCUCUGGGCGGCCUCCACGCUGACCCUGACCCAGCACCAGUCCAGCCCUUCCUCCCCACCUCCUCCCCUCCCACCACCAUUCCGGCAUUCCCGGAGCAGUCCGAUGCCACCGGCUGCCCCUUAAACCUCUCCAACGACCUCUUCAGCGGCAUUAAAGCUGCCUGCGGAGCUGCAACGAGUCCCCCAAGCAGCACGGGGGAGCAACAGCUCCAAAAGAGCCGAUGCUGCCCUGUGCUGGCGGCAUGGCUCUAUGCCGCCUACUCCGGCACUGCCCUCAAGAGGGCGGGCGGCAUGUCGACCCAGACAACCGCGGGAUACGACAUGCCGCUGUUACCGGACGACUCAGAGGCGUGCGUGGACGAUCUGGAAAAGGAACUGGAGAAGAGAGGAGUAGAGCUGGCCAGACCCAACCAGACGUGCGAUCUGAUUUACUGUUACUGCGGGAUAAGGUUGCAUCCGGUGAGCUGCCCGGCGGCGUUCUCGGUGUCGGAGAAAGGGAAUCUUGUCGGCGACGAGAGUGUGAGGAGGUUGGAGAGGGAGUGCAAGAAUGGGAACCCAGGCCUGGAUGGCUGCACGAAGUGCCUCAACAGUCUGUCCCAGCUUAAGGGUGAGAAACAGAGUGGGAACAGAAGCAGAACAGAGGAGGAGGGGGAGGAUGACAAGAGGAGCAGCAAAAUGAAGAGGAGAGAGUGUGAGGUGAUGGGCCUCACAUGGCUGCUUUCCAAGAACCGCACUGCUUACUUCCACACGGUUUCUGCUGUCCUGAGAACCAUCAUGAUGUCUGCCGAUGGCCCCGAUGAUGAUCCUCCUCGCUCUUGCAAUCUCACCACCGACGGAAUGCCUCUGGCCGUCGAUUCCUCUGAGAUCUCCGGUCAUUCUUCCUCAUCAUCAACAACCCUCCAUUACUCCUCACUUGCUCAGUUCUUUAUGCUUCUCCUCCUCAUUAUCAGUACAGUAUAGCAGUAGCAGUAUUGUUGAGUCUAAAAAGUAGAAAUCCCUUCUUCUUGUCCUCUGUAACGUAUUAUUAUCAUCAUUGCCAUGUGCAUGCCCACCACAGCAAGCUGCAGGCAGCAGGCAGCUAGCUUCUUUGUAUUUUUGUUGUGUUAGUUUAUGAAUUUGAGCUGGAAUUAAUUUGUAACUUCUGUGGUUUGUGUAGAAA